GGAAGGAAGUGACGAAGACCUCUUUUUCCGGUCCGCCGGAUUAUGAAUGACGGCUGGCGCUGCACUUUCCCAGACUUGCUGUCUGUUGUUUGUCACGCAUCCUUUCGGGUAGCGAGUGGUCUGCUGGCGGAGACUCCAGAAGCGGCCUCGGAAUCCCGGCUCGGGCGGGGCGGGGCGGGAAGGCGCAGGCGGCCCGUGUCGCCGACACGUUCACGACCCUCCCUGCCUGGCCGCGCCUCUGCGACCAGGUAAUCCAAUGAAAGAAGAAAAUGAAGGGCAUUAAGAAAAGUCUUACGGAAGAAUAUCUAUACCUAGACUUUUCUCACCAAGUAGAAGGAUGCGUUUUUCCACUUCAUACAUCUGUAACUUUAUUUUUAUUAUCAUACUGCGACUGCAAAAUCUUUAAAGUUUGCUUAGUUCUCACCAGAGAAAGUACGGAUGUUAAGCUACUUAGCGUGUUGUCCCAAGAUGUUGAAAUACGGAUCAUUUCAAGAAGAGAACUCCCACCGAUAGUCCAGAAUUGCCGUUUACCUGCAGUUGUGGAGACACCAGACAACUUCUGUAGAGCAGGACUUGCUGUUGUGCUGAGACACAUAAUUCAGAAAUCAUGCGAAGCAGACCUCUCAAAGAAGGAAAUUUUGGAACUGCUGGGUUUUAAAAAGACUUGCUUGAAAGCCUGUGCUGAAGUUAGUCAGUGGACCAGGCUAUGUGAAAUCACCAUCCCUUUAGCUAUUGAGAACUUUCUCAAAGAAUCUUUUGACCAGCAGCCAACCAUCCCUGCAGAAAUACUACAGCUAGAGAAAAAGCUUAGCGAGCCUGUUCGAGUGCAUAACGAUGACAAACUCCGCCGGCAGAAGCUGAAGCAACAGAAGGCUACCAGAGUGGGGCCUUCCCUUGCUCAGGAAAAAAUAAAGAGCAGGGUCCAUGGACAGGAAACAUCCGAAGAUUUGGAUUCUUCAUCCAGGAGCCUGGAACUGCACGUGGCACUCUCAAAGCUCACAGUGCAGGAAGAACCAGCCGCUCCCAGCAGAGAGCCUUCUUACAUCAGAAAAGCGAAGGCCUCCGACCUGCCACCUCUGGAGCAUGUGUUCGCAGAAGGCCUGUACUUCACUCUGACAGAUAUCGUGCUCUUGCCCUGCAUACAUCACUUUUUGUUAAUUAUCUGCAAGAAACUCUCUGAAAAACUGGUAGAAUUUCCACUGCUGGCUGCUUGGUACCAGAGAAUUCAGGAAGUGCCAGGAGUAAAAACAGCAGCUUCUCAGUGUGGGAUCCACUUUUUCCAAUUACCAGAGUUGCCCAGCACCUCCGAUGAGCCACAUCCAAAUGUAAAUGAGGCCCCAGGUGUAGAGGAGCAGAAUGAACCUUCGUUUAUAGGAGGACCGAGACCCACUAUGACCAAGUUAAUGGAGAAAGGCAUUGAAGCGGUGUUCUCUCCGCACCCUUGCCCUGCCUGGACCCUUGACUGGGACUGUCUUCCCGCCGCAGUGAGCCCGAAGGAAGGUAAAAUGUCCAGUGACCGAGCUUUGAGGAAGCAGCAGCAGCUAAACAACCUUGUGUACAUGGUGGCAAAUCAGGCCAAGCCUGGUGACAGAAUUGUGGAUUUCUGCAGCGGUGGGGGCCAUGUUGGGAUUGUGCUUGCUCAUACGCUGCCGUUAUGCCAGGUCACAUUAAUAGAAAACAAGGAAUUAUCAUUAAUUCGUGCUAAGAGAAGAAGUGAUGAGCUAGGUCUAAGCAACAUUUGGUUUAUUCAAGCAAAUAUGGAGUAUUUUAUAGGAAUGUUUAAUAUUGGGGUGGCUCUGCAUGCUUGUGGGGUGGCAACCGACAUGGUGAUCGAGCUCUGCAUAAAAACACGGGCUUCCUUUGUCACCUGCCCUUGCUGUUAUGGUUUCAUUCAGAAUACCUCCAAGUUCAAUUUUCCAAAAAGUGAACAAUUUAAGAAAACUUUAUCAUACAAGGAACACAUGACUCUGUGCAGAUUUGCAGAUCAGACAGCUGUCCAGCUCCCAGCCGCGCGGAGGCUCGUAGGAAAACAGUGCAUGUGCCUGGUGGACCUGGACCGAGCCAGAGCUGCUGAAGAACAUGGCUACUCCGUUCAAGUGAUAUCCAUGGAGCCAGAGAGCUGCUCUCCCAAAAAUAACAUGAUCGUGGGAGUCCCCAUUUAGAACGAGUAUUUGAUGUUUCGCCAUUUGUCUUCCUGAUGAAAGCCCAGUGGCAUUCAGGAGGUUCUUGGCAUAACUAGGAAGCAGCAUUAGCCAUCUUGAACCCAUUGUGCUCGGGAAGGAAAGCAGCAGGAAAAUCUUUGAAGAAAAGCUGCCUGCAGAGCAUCGCAAAUGCUUUUAUAAUGUGUGAUUAAAAGACCACUGGUUUUCAUAGUGAGAACCCCUGACGUCUCAGCUGCCAGCAGAAUGAUACUCUCUAGUUGAGUUUCCAUCAGUGGAAUAACAAUUUCCUUCUCAGUUCACAGCUUUUCUGGUCUGGCCAAUGUGGUGAUCAACUCAAAACAAUGAACUUGCAGCCUUUAUAAUCACUGAGAUACUCCAGUGGAGACCAAAAUUAGACUCUGUAGAGUUAUUUCUUUUUAUAUUUCUAAAAAUUGUACUUUUUGUAUACUUUUUUUUAAAACAUCUAGUCAGAUAAUAACAGUAUGGUUAAACUUUUAAGCUGAAGUGAGUUGGACUUGUGGAUCAUUUCAUAUACUCCAUUUAAAUAUAGGCUGGUGUGGCUCAGUGGAUUGAGUGCCAGCCUGAAAAUCAAAAGGUAAUCAAACCAGUUCAGUUCCCAGUCAGAGCACAUGCCUGGGUUACCAGCCAGGUCCCCAGUAGGGGGCACUCGAGAGGCAGCCACACAUUGAUGUUUUUCUCUCCCUUCCCCUCUCUAAAAAUAAAUAAAUAAAAUCUUUAAAAUAUAUAUAUAGUUCCCAUAAAUUACCUAAUGAGAUCACCUGUGCUUCAGACAUUUUAUAUGAAGACAUUAUAAAAUAAUUGCAGUCAGUUUCCCGUUAUGGGCACAUGUAAUUGGACAUAAAUUCUAACUAAUCAGUAAAUAAUUAUUGCAGAUCCAUUAUUUUCAAGACUCUACCCAGCGUCUUAUAAGGAUACAAGAGGAAUUAUAAUAGACACAAUGCUUUGCCUGUAGGAGAAUAUCACUCAGAAGAGAAAGAGUAAUGAAUUAGUCAAGUUCUUUAUAUCAUAAUAUAAUGUAUGGUCACAGGAUUUGUUUUCAGGUAUCAUAUUAUGUGGGGUCAUAACUUAUUAAGUAUAAAUCAGAGGUGCAAGGAGUACAGAAUAUAUGAGAUUAUUUGAAUAGUUAUCUUUACCCCAAUUCAUAUUCCACUGGCCAAAGUUUUUAAAGACAGGUGGCAUGUCUUCUUUCACAAUCUGCUAAUUAAUUUUUACAUGUCCAACAUUAUUUCAUUUAAGAUAAGGUUUAUUUCAUCAGUUUUGAUAAUGUCAACCCCAUAUGACAUACCAUGAGGAAGAAGGACUUUGAUAAAUAAAUAUUUUAUCACUGUGGGUUAAAAUACACAAAUAAUUUAUGGAGGGGGCGGGCACUGAACUCUGUUUUCUGGGAUAAAAAUUGAGAAAAGAAUUAAUCAUUAGCCUUGAGUAUUUUAGCAUUUGUACCUUAUAAACACACUAAGCUCUUUUAUCCUGGGCUUUUUUUAAAUUAGGGUAUAAUUUACAGACAAUAAAAUAACAAAUUCUAAGUGUUCAGGUUGACAGUUUUUGACAAUUGCAAACACCAUCAGAAAUAAGACGUAUACUACUUCCAUCAGCAUAGAAACUUGUUCCAUGUUCCUUUCAGUUCAGUAUCCUUCACCCGAAAGGCAACCCCUAUCUGAUUUCUAUCACACUACAUCUGGUUGGUCUAUUUUUGUCCUUCAAAUAAAUCAGCUCAUUUAGUAUAUAGCCUUUUGUGUCUGGCUGCUUUUGCUC